AUUUAAUAUAGAGCUGUAAAUUCAGGUAUUCAAGUCGGGUUCAAGUCGGGUCAAAUCAGGUCUCGGGUCAAAUCAAGAUCAGGUUGUGUCGGGUCAAUCUAGCCUAAGAUCAGGUUCAGGUUUCGGUCGGGUCAAUUUCGGUUUAAGUUAUUCCGGGUCGUUCAUCCUUUCGGGUGUAGGUCAGGUCCGAUUCGAGUCAAAUUCAUAACGGGUUCAACUUCAAGUAGUAUUGAGUCGGGUUUGAUCGGGUUAAUAGAUGGUACAUUCGGGUUCGGGAUAAUUAAGGUUGGGUCAGAUAAUUAUUUGGUUGGAUAAUCUUAAAGUUGGAUCAUUCUUGGUUUUGGUUCAAGUUCAAUUCGAAUAAAUUCGAUCAAUGUGGUCAAGUUAAUUUAUUUAAUUACACUUUGCAUAAUUUGUUCAACCAUUAUCAAGAUUUUAUUACACCUAUAUAUAUGAAGUAAUAAAGAAUAAAAGGUAUGUAAAAUUUAUUAAACCAUCCAUGACUCGCUUCGAUUACAUGUUGUGUUGGGUUAUAAACGUUUUCAGGUUCUAAUAGGGUCAGGUACUAGUUCGGGUUCGGAUUGUUGUCGGGUCGAAUUAAAUCGGUUGACGGUUACUAUCGGUUCGGGUGCGGGUUUGGAUUCAGGUCAUAAAAUAUUGAAUCAAAUCAGUUGUCGGUCAACAUCAGGUUGGUUCAGGUCAGGUUACAGGUCACUAGUUUCACCCUAUUGUUCGGGUACAGGUCAGGUUCAGAUCAUUAUCGGUUCAGGUCGGGUUCUCGGGUCGGGUCAAUUUUUUACAGCUCUAAUUUAAUAUAUAUAUUUGUCACUCCUUUCCUUGCUCCUGCUCUACUGAAAUCCUUGUUUUUUUUUUUUUUUUUUUUUUUUUUUUUUUUUUUUUUUUUAUGAAGAAUUUCAAGUUAUAAAGUUUGCCGGUUUGCCGUCGAAUCCUUCUCUUUUAAUCUGAUUAUGGCCUCAAUGGCUCAAAAAGACAUGGAAUCUACUUCAAAUGAGAAUAAAACUUCUAUGAGAAAUGAUGCAAGAGACAGGUUGAGUGAAUUGCCUGAUGAUAUUCUGGUGCACAUUCUUUCAUUUCUGCCCAUUUUAGAUGCUGUUAGAACCAUGUCGAUUCGCAGAUUUGAUGAGGUGAAUGAAGUGCGAUUUACUGCUCGAAACAUUGAAAAGUUAGAUAUUAGUUCCUUUGGCUUAUUUGAGAUUGAUUGCCCCAACUUGAAAAUUCUAAAUAUUCAUCUCAGUUGUAGAGAGGAGUCAUCAUAUCUUCGAGGGGUUAAUAUUCCAUCUGUUCAUGAAGUUCAUCUCCAAUCUAUAGACGAGUAUGAUUAUAUUUUGAACAAGAUUUGUAAAGUUGAGGUUGUCAAAUUUUCAGAGGAUGCUUUUCAGGAAAACAUGAAGCAAGCCUUGGGUAUGCUCUCUGAAGAGCUCUCGAUGUCUUCCCCUUGUGUGCUUCCUCUACUCAAAACUGUCACCAUACGUGGCUACAGGGUAGCUUGUCAGAGUCAGCUUCGACUAGCUGAAUGUUUGCUUAAAAGCUGUGUCACCUUGGAAAAGAUGGUAAUUUUACCCAGUACUUAUGAAUUGGUAGCAAUUGAGGAGCUUAAGUUUGUGAAGCGAUUAUGUAGCUUUCCAAGAGCAUCAGCCAAUGCAAGGGUAAUCUAUGGGUCAGAAAUAUACUAGUAGCAGCUGCAUGCGUGCAUUUUUGCACCUCAGUCUUUAGUUUGGCAUUCAUACGAUUGUUAAAGACGGUGUUUAUUUAGUUGAUUGCAGAAGAAGCAGCCCUAAUGAGGUUGUUUGGCGAGACUAGCAGUGAUGAUAAUGGUGGUGGGAUUUAACACUUGUUCGUAUGGCUGCUGUACAUUUGCUUUGACAGAGGAAUCUUUAAGUAAACUCAACCUGUUAGUGUUGAUGGUAUUAACCGCUCUGAUGUUUUAAGGCUGGAUUCACAAAUCACAAGGUUAAUAUAUAUAUAUGUAAUUCUAUUGUAUUUUCUUUGCUUUUGGUUUUUAAAUUUGUACUCGGUUUGAAGUUAGUUGUUGCAUUAUUGGUUCAAAUUACAUUGUUAAUCUGCUUUUCUUGAAGGAAAUAAUAAUGUACAAUACAUACAUGUAGGAUAAUAGAAAAUAUUACUUCAUUA